ACGUCGUCUAGCGUUCCAUUGAGGAAGCAGUUUUUUUAUUUAUCGCAAAGAAUAAUGGCUGCUAUCCGAGUUCUCUGUUUUCUACGCGGUCCAGUCGACAUUGCAGGGUCACAGAUGCCUCAGUCGUCUCUUUGAACACUCCUUUUCUUCUGAUCCUCUCCUGGUUGAUCUUGUUUCUCAUUUCUGAAAUCAUGUCUGGCUCGGGGGACAUACCAGCCAUCGAGGGCCCCGGGAUGGGAGCUAUGAGGCUUCCCAUCGGGAUGACGCGGCGAGCCAUCAGCUACGACGAUAACCUGGAGGCCCCUAUGUCCACGCCCCCCCACGACAUCAGCAUCAACAACCUGUGGAGACGACCCGUCAUACCGGAGAGGAAGUUCUCACGCCUGGCUGAGGAGGAUGAGAGUGGUGCAGUGAGACAGUUCUCUGUGGCGGACAGCGCCCCCUCCAGGUCUCCAGUGGUAGUGAAAACCAAGGCUUCCUCCAUCAUGAACUCUCUCAUCACCAAGCAGACCCAGGACAGUGUGUAUAGGUUUGAGCAGAGGGCCGGGCUCACCGACACCAGCUACACCCCCCACAAAGGCCUCACCGCUGAGGAGACCAGGCACCACCACCGCAUGCCUGAAUCCCUGCAGAAACUGCAGAUCCAGAGCAUGGAGGCCAGAGAGGAGCGGCAGAGCUCCUCAGCUCAGUCCACUCCAUCAAACACACCACACACCUCUCCAAAACAACAACGCAGGGGCUGGUUCGGCAGUACCAGUUCCGAUGUCAGCUCCUGCAACAGCAGCGUGGACAUCGUAGACCCGGUGGGGGGAGGAGGAGGAGGAGGAGCGGGAGCGGUUGAACGGUGGGGCGUGUUUGGGCCGCGGCCGAUGGUCCACAAGUCCACCUCUGACCUGGGAUCAGACCCUGCAGCCGGCUUUGCGCUGCAGGCGUACCGCGGCGCCCAGAAGCCGAGCCCUAUGGAGGUGAUGAAGUCGCAGGCCACUCGGCUGGCUGACGGCACCCCCGCUCAGGCCAUGGCCCCUCCCAAGAUGGAGAUCCCCAUGGUGGAUGGUCGCCGGCAGGGGCCACGGCCACACAAGCUCAAACCCCGUGACAUGAACAUCCUGACGCCCUCCGGCUUCUGAGCGGACACUACACACUCAGCUGCAGCCUGCUGUCAUCAAUGAAUUCAAAAUGGGCCGAUCCUGGGAGCUAUGUCCAGCUGAAGGUGAUGGUGAUGGUGAUGGGUCCCCUGUAAAUGCACUUUAUCCUCACGAUUACCCCCCUCCGACCCGGACCCUCGCAGCCCGCCAGGAUGCAAAUGACUUUUUCUGUGUUCAUAGUCUUAACAUCAUUCAAAGUAAACUUCAUUUGUCUUCUUAAAGGGACAUUUCAAUAAGCAGAGCAGCAACACAAACUCCCAAACAGUUCCUUAAAUUGUAGUUUAAUAUGAAUCAAAGCAACAGAACAAAAAUGAAAAAACAUUCUCAGGAAAUGUGUCCGGCUCCUGCUCACUGAAACUUCUCUGUUCUUUUUAUAGAUGUUUUUAUUUAUGGAUAUUUUAUCUGUUACUAGAGCAACAGAUUGUGUUCCUUUAGCGAUCACACGGUAAAAUAACAAUGUGUUAAAAAAAAUCAGAGCAACAUGUGGGGGGCUCACACACCGUCAGACUGCAGUGCUUCAGGGCUUUCUGGUUCAAUCAAAAUGGAAUAUGAGGGUUUAAAUAUUCUUCUAGUUGUCAGUGUGUGAGCUCAGGUUACAUGUCUGUACCACAGGUCAGAUAUGAAGAGUGUGUGUGUGUGUGUGUGUGUGUUGACUGAAGAGAAAGAUCCUGCAGAAACCCUGACAGACCUAAAGAGCGUUUCACUUUUGGCAUUUUAGUCAAUAGACCAACAGGACAAUUCUUCUUGUGCUGUAUUGCAAACAUAUCAUACCUUCUUUUUUUCAAGGAAUCCAACAUUGAGUGGUUUAUUUGACUAAUUUUGUCAAUUUCUUUCUGUAGAUUUUGCCUAAAUUCAACAUUUUUGUUGUCAGUAAACUAUAUUUAAAAAGAAAUGAAUUCUCUUAGUGUAAGUAAUCAGCUGGGGAAGUUUCAUGGUGAUAUGCAUUUGUUAAAUAUUUGACACCUGUAGUGUCUCCUAUUAAAGAUGAAUGCAGAGCCUACCUGCAGUGCUAAUAAACAGCUGUUUAUACAGGGUUUCUGCAGGAGUGUGUGUGUGUGUGUGUGUGAAGCUUCGUAGAGCCGAGCAAGCGCUAUGAAUUAUCUGUCAAAUGAAAUCUAGCACCUGGCUGAUUAUUAUCAUUUCACUCUUAUUGUCAAGUGAUUGAAGUCUGUUGCGUGAUGUGACACCGCGGUGGAAGUGAAGUGUCAUGUUGUUUUCCUCCUGUGACGUCGGUCAGCUGUUCUGAUACAAAAGAUAACACUCUCAAUAUGAAAUGACUGUUUGUUUGUGCUGUUUGUCCCUUUUUUAAAUCUCUCCCUCUCUGAAGUGUCACUCCUGAAGCUCCUCUGUGUGAAUUGUCUGUUCAACAUUUGAUGGUUAAGAGACGUUUUCCUUGUUUGAGCAGACUGUACGCUUUUGGUUUCUUUGCCAAAACGGUUGAUUUGAGAAUAAAUGUGACAUUCUCGUCA